AAGAUUUUCUGAGACACAGCCAGGUCCCCAUGACGAUGAACCACUUGAGGGAACAAAAAUACACGUAAUUACGCACGCACCCAAACCCAUCCGCCGGGACGAUCGCCAAGGCGAACUCCGGAUGCCGAUACAGAUGUUUGUCCAAGGGUCCAAGAUCGAUAAUGUCCCUAUUAUAACACAAGGCACAUCGACCUUCCCGCCAGGGCUCUUCGCCAACGACAUCUCCGGCCGCGUCACGCCAGUCGGGGCCUUCGACGACCUCGUUGGCUCGAUCGAGUACUUCGUCGGACUGGCCCCCGUCCCCGGUGAACAGAAUCCUACCAUCUUCUCUGAGGCGAAAAUCGUGGAGUUCAAUUCUGGAUGUCCGGAGGUUGCGACGUCGACGGUAUACUUGAAGGUCUCAAGCGUUGAUAUUGCAAACCCUACAGUACCCGUUCAGUUUGUUACGUACCUCAAACAGGUGGCAUUCUGGCGCUUCAAUGAUAAAGGAGAAGUCACUCACUACGACGCCUGGAUCCCAAAUCUCCAGGCAUUCGUCGAAAUGAAUCUCGGAGCACCGCUGUCCAAUCUAGCUGUCCAAGCCGGCUUCAAGCAGGCAAUUUGUGGCCUAGCCAUGCAGCGAUGCGUGGGGCCUAAUGCGCAGUGGAACAGUCCGGAGGAAUGCCUGGGAUUUUUGGAAACAAUCCCCUUCGGUACCUUCGAUUACGCGACUAGCAACACCGUUGCUUGCCGGCAGAUUCAUGUCAUCUUGACUUUAAGUUGUCUAGAUAUUCACUGUGCACAUGUGGGUCCCACGGGUGGCGGCAAGUGCGUUGAUAAGGAUUACAACGCAUUUUACUUUGGGGAUGAAGCCAUCUUUGGAUCACCUGCAGACUCGAUAUUCAUGUGCCCACCAAAGCACGGAAAGAAAUGCGGACACGUUUAG